AUGGCGAAGAUACCAACACCACUACCACCACCAACAAAAUUAGGUUGUGAAGCAGCAGUAGGUUCAUUGACGCUAACUUCGACCAAAAAGAGAGAUUACAGAGUUACCAGCAGAAUUCAAGAGGGGCAAGGUCCAAUAUGUGCAGUCGUCUUUAAUUUUGUGGAUUCUCGUUACUUCAAUGUUUUUGGCACCGUUGGUCAAAACCGGGUAAAUGUUUACCAAUGCCUUGAAGGAGGAGUAAUUACUGUUCUACAGUCUUAUGUUGAUGAAGAUGAGGAAGAGUCAUUCUAUACUUUGAGUUGGGCUUGUAAUAUUGAUGGGAAUCCAUUGUUAGUUGCUGGUGGACUCAAGGGUAUUAUACGUGUCAUUGAUGCUGGUAGUGAAAAAAUACAUAAGAGUUUAGUUGGUCAUGGAGACUCCAUAAACGAGAUCAGGACGCAAGCAUUGAAACCUUCACUUGUGGUGUCUGCUAGUAAAGAUCACUCUGUACGGAUUUGGAAUGUACAUACUGGGGUUUGCAUUUUGAUUUUGGCUGGAGCUGGCGGUCAUCGUGACGAAGUUUUGAGUGUGGAUUUCCAUCCUUCGGACAUAUACCGUAUUGUAAGUAGUGGCAUGGAUAACACCGUUAAGAUAUGGUCGAUCAAAGAAUUCUGGAAAUAUGUUGAGAAGUCAUUUACAUGGACAGACCUUCCGUCAAAGUUUACCACAAAGUAUGUGCAAUUCCCAGUAUUUACCAUGCAUACCAAUUAUGUUGACUGCACUAGGUGGCUUGGUGAUUUUGUCUUAUCAAAGAGUGUUGACAACGUAAUUGUCUUGUGGGAGCAAGGCCCUGGAGAGAGUACAGUUGACAUUCUUCAAAAGUAUCCUGUUCCGGAGUGUGAUAGAUGGUUUAUCAAGUUUUCCUGUGACUUUCAUUACAAUAUAAUUGCAAUAGGAAAUAGGGAAGGGGAAAUCUUCGCGUGGGAGCUCCAAUCUAGCCCACCUGUUCUCAUAGCCAGGUUAUCUCAUCCUCAAAGCAAGGUUGAAAUUAGGCAAACUGCUACAUCGUUCGAUGGAAGCAUCAUUCUUGGCUGCUGUGAGGAUGGAACGAUAUGGCGAUGGGAUGCAAGUCAGCAGCAAAAACUGCAGUAG